AUGAAAAGCCAGGAGCAAACGCUCGAAAUAUCGGCCAAGACCAUCGAGUCGCGAACCGUAUUCAUUUUGAGGGAAAAACACACACAUGCUUUGCCUUUAUCGCAACAGAAGCCGGAUUUUAUGUCCAAAAGCUGCCAAUACUGCCCAAAUGAGGGCGACUUUUUAGAUUCUACCGAAAAGCGACUGCAUUUCCUGUCGCAAUGGCAUAAGACCAACGUCAAGCGAUCAUAUUAUGGGCUUUGUUCGCUUAAAUAUAGCGAAUUUACUCUUCUCCCCGUAAAAGCGUUUCUUUUACAAAAUGAGUCUCUUCCUUCUUUUCCACAUCUCCCGAUGCAGCAAGAUGAUUCUGAGGCCGAUUUUGUCAAUUUAAACUCUGACUCGUGGAUUCGUUUUCUGAAUUCGUUUGCAUCAACACAUGAAACCGUAAAUCCACUAUCGCAAUUUCCGGAGCGCGUUUGUGUGCAUCGUUCUUUGUUCAGCACUGAAAAGUGCGAAACAAUCUCACAGGAGGUCAUUGUAGCCACUGCAGACAAAAUAUCCACGUAUAUCGACCUGGCUUUUACUUUUAUUUACAUAACGGCAGAAGAAUAG